UUGGAAAUUUCCACAGCCGCAACACUGAAAAAACAGCUGAUGCUUGUCAAAAAUUGGCGCUACCUUAGUAUUUGUGCGCACACAUAUUUGCAAAUACUCGUGUGUGUGUAUGUGUAUCUCAAAAGCUUUAAAAGAAAUUCGACGUUUACACAACACUUGCCCAGUUGGCAUUGCUUUCGCACGAGACAUUGUAAUUAUACAGCAACAACAUUUUGGUUUUUAUAUAACAAAGUGACAAGUUAGACAAAACCCCGGACGAACCUAAGCCAUUCCCAGCUACAAGAUGUUGCGAUUCAUGCGUAAUCUGUCCGCCAGUUCUGCUGUACCACAAACCGCCGUUAGAAGCCUGGGCAGCGUCGUCUUGCAACCAAAACUGAAAGAUUUCACUAUUUCCAACGAGCCAAUCUUAACUUAUCGCAAGGACUCAGCGGAGCGCGUGGCACUAAAGCAGGCGCUGGAGACCACCGCCGCAACAUGUGAGGAGGUGCCCAUUGUUAUUGGCGGCAAGGAGUACAAAACGGAUAAGGUGAUGCAUCAGGUGAUGCCGCAUAACCACGCACACAAGCUGGCGAAGUUCUACUACGCUGACAAGAAGCUCUUGGAGCAGGCUAUCAAAACGGCAGUGGAAGCCCAGGUCAAAUGGGAUCGUGUUCCGCUACCUGAGCGCCUAGCGAUUUGGGAGCAUGCGGCGGAUUUAAUGGCGGGCAAAUAUCGUCAGGCCUUGAAUGCAGCAACCAUGUUGGGACAGGCCAAAACAGUCAUACAAGCGGAAAUCGACGCGGCAUGCGAGCUUAUCGAUUUUAUACGAAUUCACGCCUUUUUUCUUAAGGAGUGCGUCAAGUAUCAACCCAUUAGCGAGGACUUGAAGGUCACGAAGAACUCGUUACGUUAUCGUGGCAUUGAUGGUUUUAUAGCCGCAGUCAGUCCAUUCAACUUUACCGCCAUUGGCGGCAACUUGGCCUACACGCCCGCAUUGAUGGGCAACGCUGUGCUGUGGAAGCCCUCGGACACGGCUCUGUUGUCCAAUUGGCGUAUAUUCAAUAUUAUGCGCGAAGCUGGCGUGCCCGAUGGGGUGGUCAACUUUGUGCCUGCGGAUGGGCCAGUCUUUGGGGAUACUAUAACCGCCUCACCCCACCUUGCGGGUAUCAAUUUCACCGGCUCAGUGCCCACAUUCAAUCGACUGUGGAAGCAGGUCGGUGACAACCUCGAUAAAUAUGUUAACUUUCCGCGCCUUAUUGGCGAAUGUGGUGGCAAAAAUUUCCACUUUGUGCACUCGUCAGCAGAUGUGCAGUCGGUGGUUACAUCCACAUUACGAUCAGCCUUCGAGUAUAGCGGUCAGAAGUGUUCCGCCUGUUCGCGCAUGUAUGUGCCGGAGUCAUUAUGGCCGGAUAUCAAAUCGGGACUGUUGUGCGAAGUGAAGAAACUCAAGAUCGAUGAUGUGCAGGACAUGAGCACCUUCACAUCGGCUGUUAUUGAUGACAAAGCAUUUAAACGCAUUACGGGCUACAUUGAGCAUGCCAAAAAGAGUCCUAAUUUGGAGAUCCUUGCUGGUGGCACUUAUUCCGACGCCAAGGGCUACUUUAUCGAUCCAACCAUAGUGCAAACCAAGGAUCCGAAGGAUCGCAUUAUGACUGAGGAAAUCUUUGGACCCCUGAUUACUAUUUAUGUAUAUAAGGAUGCCGAUUUGUAUGAUACCAUGAAACUGGUGCAUACCUCAACGCAAUUUGCACUAACCGGCGCUGUGUUUGGACAGGACGAAAGCUUUAUCAACUGUGCUUUGGAGGAAUUCAAAAUGUCGGCUGGAAAUUUCUACAUCAAUGACAAGUCCACUGGAUCCGUAGUGGGUCAACAGCCAUUUGGCGGCGGCCGCAAGUCGGGCACCAAUGACAAAGCAGGCGGACCGCAUUAUAUACUUCGCUGGACGUCGCCUCAGUCUAUUAAAGAGACAUUUGUGCCUCUGCGUGACAUAAAUUAUCCGUACAUGUCCGAUUAAGAUAGAAGAGAGCAAAUUAGAAAACGACAGGAAUCUCAUUUAAACUACUAACUCAUUUAUAAAUAUAAAGGGAAUGUAUAUGUAUUUUGUUGAACUAUUUUUAACACGUACCUUUCUCCCUAACAGCCCCUAGUUAACCGACACAUUUGUAUGUAGUUAAACGAUAUAUCAAAUCUCUGCUGUAUUUUUCUCGCCUCGAACAACCAAAUGCCGAAAGAUGUAAAAUUGAUAUGCUGAUUACAUUUAAAACUCACACACAGAAACCUAAUGUAACUCGAAUUAUAAAAUAUGUUUUUAAUUACAAAGUAAAGUUUUUGAACCGAUUGUGAUUAUUUAA